AUGUUUGUGCUGCGAGCGGCCUCCAGCUCCAUCCAGGAUGUCCAAUUGGACGGGUAUACGCUCACAGUGCACCAAGGACGCCUCCCCGAGCCCAUCGCGGUCAGCAAGCUGCUGGCGCGGGCGUUUGCCGCCAGCGCGGGCGAGGACGGCGACGAGGGCGGUGCGUCCCCGCUGGCGGGCGCCGCGCUGGUACCUUUCCAGCUCAAGCUGCUGGCCGCGCUGCAGUGGCGGGGAUCCACGCUGGGCAGGAGCUUCAUCGCCGUAGCCGCCACCGAGGCGGGCAGCCAGGAGCUUGCGGGCGUGGCAAACGUGUCAGCGGGCAUGGCGCUGGCGGAUGCCGACACACACCAGCUGGAGCUGGGGCCGGGCCAGGCGGCCGCCACCAUCAGCAACAUGGCCGUGGCGGAGCGGCACCGGCGGCGGGGGCUGGGGCGGCGCCUGCUGGCGGCAUGCGAGCACGCCGCGCAGCACCUGCUGGCGCCGCCCGCCACCCUCUGUGCGCUGACCGUGUACAGCAGCAACGAGGCGGCCAUAGCGCUGUACGAGAGCAGCGGCUACCAGAUAGAAAGCAGCUGGGUGGACCCGCGGUGGGCGGAGAGCGCGGAGCGCGGCAGGGUGGCCUUCGGGCGGCGGCAGCUCAUGGUGAAGAGGACGCUAGGGGUGGAAGAAGCAGCGGCAGCGGCGGAGGAGGCAGCAGGCGCGGCGAGGUUGCUGUAG